AUGGCUGCAAGAAAGAAAGUUCCAAACAAACCAAAGACAUUUAUCGGUCAGCAUCUAAAUGGCACCUCUGAUUCAAAAUGCAACAGUAAGCUUCCAAGGACGAGCACGGCCAUAUUGAUUACCAGCGACGUAACCACCUACUUGAAACUAUCUGUCUUGAUCCUUCUAGUUGCCGGUGUUGUCGGUUUUUUGCUGUAUCCAGACAUUCUGAACGUCUUGAGGACGGUACAGGGAAAUGCCGGUUUUAAUGAACAAACGAGGAAGCAAGAACUGCAGACGGAAAAAUUACGAGUUAUUGAGAGAAAUAACGUGGAAGAUGAUGACAAGUUGAGUCCAUCUGAUGAAGAUGAUGCCAAAGUAAUCCUUGCUGAUGAGACAGAUCAUGAAAAUGUCAGUCCGUUGGAAAAUACGAAAAAACGGAAAUUUAAAGAAGAGGAAAUGAUCAAUCAAAAGAAUAGUCUUGAACCAGGUGAGAGUGUGGCGGCGUUUGACGAAGAUGAUUCAGAUCUGGUCGUUUAUGAUAGUAUCGGUCAUGAAGAUUUGAUGGAAGAUGAAGAAAAAGAAACACAGCUCAAAAUGCUUAAGUCUUCGCUAAAUUUAAAUCCCGAAGCAAAACAAGGUGCAACAAAACUUGAAGACACCACGAUGUCACAAGCAGAAUCAUUAAAUAAAGAAACAAGGAACCAACAACCUAAAGACAAAAUGUCCUCAGCUGAUGAGAAAAUCAGAGAAGGAAGACCCGGAAAAUCGCUAGACAAAACAGGCAAGAAAUCAGGGCCUAUAAUUCUUAAUGCACAAAACAGUCACGUUGUUUUGGACCCAUCACAAAUCAAAAUUAUCAAUUCGUCGUUGGAUAAAAAACCCGAAACAAAACAGCAAAGCCACAGCAAAAAACAUCAAGAUGCUCCUAAAACCCAAACCAACCAAAACAAAACACGUAAGUCAAAUGCAAAAAUCAAGGCAGAAAAACCAACGAAAGUUAAUGCAGAAGCGAACGAGGAAAACGAAACCAUUAAAGAAAUUGGAUACCAAAAUGUCCAGUAA